GGUUGCAGUCAGUCGGAAAAAGACAGCCUUAGUGAAAGGAACAUUUAGAGAUACCAAAUUGGAAAUCGAGAGAAGCUAAGACUUUAGCAAUGCGUCUGUCCUUACUGGUGCUCAUAGCCUCAGCCUUUGUGCUGAGUGUGGCAGUUGCUCAGCCAACCAGUCGCGAGGGAACUGAGGUGUUGGAUUCUAAUCAGGAAGCGGAUGUCGCGGAAAUCGAGGGCAACAGCGAAGACUUGGAAGGCAGUAACGAAAAAACUAUUCACCAGAGACAAGCCAAGGAUGUCAGCAGUUCUUCCGAGGAGCACAAGCAGGAUGUGAAUAAGGAGGCUAAGGAAAAUGGUGACAGCUCAGGUGACUCUUCAUCGGCGGAGCAAAAGAUAGCCGAGGAUGGAGCUCAGGUUGAUGAUGAUCAAUCAUCAGAGACACUAGUCAGAAGGCGCAGGACAACUGAAAGGUAUAGGAACUUAUUUCUCAUUGCCACCAUUUGCCCUGAAACUGAUACAACCAGCUUGGAGGAGGGCGACACCUUAGAUCAUUUUAUCCAAAUACAGGAUAUGUACGAAAUUUGUAAGGGUUUACCAUUGAAUUAAGAGAAUUAAGAUUUAGUUAAAAAUAAAAUGAAUUUUGAAACUGAAA